AUGAAUAAUCUGAAAUAUGGUUACUCACAUGGUGGGGCAAGCCAUAACUCUGAAGAUUGCGAUGCAAUUAGGGUUCAUGAAGAGGCGAGUUAUUUGCAAAACAAUUACCAAGGAAAUAACCAACGUGGUUGGGGUCAAAACCGCAACCAAGGGAAUUUUACCAAUGGUUUUAAUUCUCACUCAAACAUUUUCCUUACAAGAUACCCUAGAAACAACCAAGAUAUCCAAAACCAACCCAACCAGAAUUUCCUAAAUCACCAACAAAAACCACAUAAUGAAGUACCCAUACAACCAACCAAAAAGUCAAAUGAGGAAACCAUUUUAACAUCACUUGAAGCAACAAUAAAAAAUUUCAUAAAUUUUAUAAAAACAACCAACCAGGAACUUUUCUGGAGACUUGAUAUCCUCAGAGCCAACCACGAACAAGGCCUUCCUAAUCACCAAGUGUCUAUAACUGAUUUGGAAAAGAAGUUAGAUCGCAUAAGUGAAACAUCAACAUACAGACCAACUGGCUCACCACCCAGCAAUACACAACCAAAUCCGAGACCCUCAAGCUCAUAUUCAAACUCAAACCAAACAUAUAAGCCCCCUCCCGCUAGAACCGAGCAUGUAAAUGCUAUUUCUACGAGGGCUGGUAACAUUUACCAAACUAACAUUGAAAGUGAAGCUCCUACCGAUUCACCGAAACUGGUAUCCGAACCUGUAGAAGAUGACUUCACAGACGAUGAAAAUGUGGCAGAAGAUAUUGAAAUGGAGCCAAAACCAACAGAAAGAGGCCAACUUUUUCCACUGAAACCAGUUAAACCGCCGCUGAAGGCGUACAAACCAAAGAUUCCAUACCUACAACGCUUGAGAAAGGAGAAGAAGGCGGCAAGAUAUGGCAAAUUUCUUGAGAUGAUCAAAGCUAUUCGCAUCAAUGUGCCAUUAGUUGAUGUACUUAAAGGGAUGCCAAACUAUGCUAAGUUCAUCAAAGAAUUGUUGAACAACAAGGACAAGUUGGAGGAAGUGUCUGCAACAUUUUUGAAUGAAGAAUGCACAACCAUUUUGCAGAAUCAGAUUCCACCAAAGCUUGACGAUCCAGGGAGUUUCAUAAUUACUUGUUCUUUUGGAAACAUAUUAACUUGUGAUGAGUUAGCGGAUUUAGGGGCUAGCAUAAACUUGAUGCCUUAUUCUUUAUAUGCUAAAUUGUCCUUAGGAGCAUUAAAACCCAUAGGAAUGAGCAUUAGAUUAGCUGACCGCUCAUUUCAAUAUCCGUUAGGCAUAGCUGAAAAUAUGUUGAUAGAAAUUGGACGUUUCAUAUUUCCAGUUGAUUUUGUUAUAAUUGAAAUGGACGAGGAUAGUAAAGUACCAUUAAUCUUAGGGAGACCUUUUCUAUACACCGCUUAUGCAAUAAUUCGUGUAAAAGAUAAGGAAUUAACCUUAGGUAUUGGAGAUGAUAGAAUGGCCUUUACUAUUGAUAAAGCAAUGAAACACUCAUAUUCUACUGAUGAUACAUGCUUUCGCGUUGAUGUGAUUGACGAACAUGUGAAUGACUACACGCAGGAAUUACUAGAGUUUGUUGAUAGCAUCUAG